AUGAGACGCAGGAGAAUCCGAUGGACGGACAGCCAAGGUCUGGAGCCUUUAUGGGACGAAGAUACAAGAGGCAUGAAAGAUCGUUUGAUGUAUUGGCUGAACGAGAGCCGCGAUGCGAAGUGCGGCCUCCUCCACGAUCAAGUGUUCUCCAUCCUCGAGCUUGCUGCUGAAGGCGCUGCAAUCACGGCCGACUAUAGUAUGCCACUCUUUCAGCUAGCAUGCCAAGUAAUCGAGGCGAGCGAUUGUAGGAUAUGUUUAUGCGAGGUCUGUUUGGUCACCAGCACCGAAUACGGUUCUGAAUGGGCUGUAAAUUUCGAUGAGAUAACAGUUCAAGUCCCAAUCCAGCGUCUUGCUAACUGGUGGAGUCGUUCAAUGGCCUUAUGUGAUAGAGCAAAAAGGGGCACGCCACGGCCACCGGUUAGGAUCAAACGCGGCAAUGUGCCGCAUAAUUAUGUGAAGAGAUAA